AUGGCGCCAGUGGGAUACAACGACACUGCUAACUCCGAAACAGAGCAGUCGGAAAAGGAAGAAAAUUUAAGUGACCUUCAAGGACUGAUGAUGCUGAUCCCGUACUACAUCGGCUUAGGGUUUCUUGGAUUGCCUUAUAUGGUCAAGCUUCUAGGCUUAUGGACUGGACUGGGUGGCCUUUUGAUCUACGGAUUCCUCAAUGAAGUUUGCAUACUGAUACUUGUAGACUGUGCACAACGUCUGACGAAGAGAACUGGAGAGAGAUUUGGUGACAUCGUGAGAGUGGCUGAGAUGAGCAUGACGCUGGGCCCUCCAUGGUUACGGCCUCACGCUGGAAAAUACAAAUUAAUGGUUCAGAUUUCAUUAUUACUAAACCACUUCCUGUUCCUCGCGGAUAUGCUGUCCCUGAUGUCAAUGUUUGCGCAGGACUAUAUAUGCCGAGAUCUCCCGGGUGUUAGCACGAGAGUAGCUAAACCUGCGAGUUAUCUAACAUUCACAACUUUUGCUAAUGACGUCAUGUUCACGCUAGAUGGCGCCAGUGGGGUACUACCAAUACGACACCUAAUGAAGACAACCAAACACUUUGAUGGAUGGAACGGAGUACUGGGUGUAGCUCUGAUGUUUGUUACGUCUUUCCAUGCCGCUUGUGGAUUUUAUGGCUAUCUCAAGUUUGGAGAGAUGACACACGUGAUGUAUCUGCUUAACCUUCCGCUCAAUAACUGGUACACUUACUGA